UGCGACAUGACGUGACGACCACAAUCUCCUAUUCCUAAUUCACUCCACACACUCAAAAUGCCGGAGAGGGUCCGCACCGUCUUCGACGACGCCGGUGACGUCGUCCCUGUCACCGAAGCACCGCAACCCGAAAAGGUCGAGGAUCCCGCCCCCGCAAAGCGAAAGACCCAAGGCAAGGAGGACGACCAGAAGCGGAAGAACAAGAAGCGCAAACACGACAACGGCAUAACGAAGGCUGAGAAGCCAACGACAGAGGAGAAGGAGGUGCCUCCGGAACAGAAUGGGGAGGUCUCGGACGACAAGCCCACGAUCAAGAAGCCGAAGCAGCAGCAGCAACAACAACACAAGCUAGCGAAGGACGGGAAACGAAAAGACAAACCGAGCGCCAAGACGAAUUUCACCCCCUUACGAGAAAAGGCACAGGCGUUGUACCAGCUUCGCAAGAACCUUCCGAUUUUCCCACAUGCCGAUGAGAUACGUGGGAAUUUGCGCAAGAAUGAUGUGAUGCUGUUGGUGGGUGAGACGGGUAGCGGAAAGAGUACGCAGAUUCCACAGUUCUUGGUGACUGAGAAAUGGUGUCGGUCGGUGAAGACGGUCGUGCAAGGGAGUGAUGGGGUGGAGAAGGAGAUUCCGGUGGGAGGGUGUAUCGCUAUCACUCAGCCUAGAAGGGUGGCGGCGAUCUCUCUGGCUCGACGUGUGGCGGAGGAAAUGGGGACUCCGUUGGGGAAUUCCUCGCCAGCGAGCAAAGUUGGUUACUCGGUUCGGUUUGAUACGUCGACGUCGCCGAGUACGCAGGUCAAGUUCUUGACUGAGGGAAUGCUCUUGCAGGAGAUGCUGCAUGAUCCGUGGUUGACCAAAUACAGUGCGAUUGUGGUGGAUGAAGUGCACGAGCGUGGUGUCAAUGUUGAUCAGGUGCUGGGGUUCCUGAGGAACUUGGUCUCAGGGAAGCGGGAAGGACGUGGUGGAGUGCCCUUGAAGGUUGUGGUCAUGAGUGCUACGGCAGAUAUGGAGAGCCUGAUGGGGUUCUUCAAGGAGGGAUUUCAAGGUCAACGCGCUAUCAAGGCGGGUGUGAAGGAGGAGUCCAAGGAUACAAAUGGGGAUUCUGCAGGCCAGAAGAGCGAGGAUGAUAUCGCGGUGUGCCAUAUCAAGGGACGUCAGUUUCCAGUCAAAACGAUCUACGCUCCAGAACCGGUGCAUGACUUUGUUGAUGCGGCUCUCAAGGUGAUUUUCCAGAUCCAUUACAAGGAGCCAUGCCCGGGAGAUAUCCUGGUCUUCCUGACCGGACAAGAGACCGUCGAAGCCUUGGAGAAUCUGGUCAACGAGUAUGCUACUGGAAUGGACCCUGCGCUGCCCAAGAUCCAAGUGCUCCCACUCUUUGCAGCGCUCCCUCAGGCAGCUCAGCAGCGAGUGUUCGUCCCGGCUCCGCCGCGGACGCGCAAAAUCAUCUUGGCCACGAACAUUGCAGAAACCUCCGUGACGGUCUCGGGUGUGCGGUUUGUGGUGGACUGCGGAAAGGCCAAGAUCAAGCAGUUCCGUUCGCGCCUCGGGCUGGAUUCGUUGCUGGUCAAACCCAUCUCCAAAUCGGCUGCGAUUCAGCGUAAGGGUCGUGCUGGUCGUGAAGCACCUGGCCAGUGUUAUCGACUAUAUACUGAGAAGGACUACUUGGCUUUGGACGAGGUCAAUACCCCGGAGAUCCUGAGAUGUGAUAUCAGUUCCGCUCUGCUCAACAUGAAGGCCCGCGGUGUUGACGACAUUAUGGGCUUUCCCUUCCUGACACGGCCUCCGCGGGAGGCAUUGGAGAAGGCGUUGCUCCAGCUCUUGAGCAUCGAAGCUCUGGAAGAGACGGGAAAGAUCAGCGCGAUCGGAAUGCACAUCGCCAAGCUGCCUCUCACGCCGACGCUCGGUCGCGUGCUCCUGGCAGCUUCGGAAUAUGGACCGGAUUGUCUGUUGGACGUGAUUGAUAUCAUCUCCUGUCUCAGUGUGGAGAACAUCUUUUUAAACACUACGUCGGAGGAGAAGAAGGAGGAAGCUGAAGUCGCGCGACGGGAUCUCUACCGGAGAGAGGGCGAUCACCUCACCAUGCUUUCUACUGUGCAAGCCUACGCAGCCGAGAAUACAGACCGGAAAGCAUGGGCAGAGAGACACCUGGUGUCUCACCGGGCCAUGCAGUCCGUUAUGGAUGUCCGCAGACAACUCACGACCCAAUGCCGCCAAGCCAAGCUCCUCCCCAACGACACCCGAGGCUCGUCUGCAAAUCCCGUUCGAGACCCAUCACCCGUCCACAUCUUGAAGAGUUUCCUCCGCGGAUUUUCCACCAACACAGCGCGCCUAGUCCCGGACGGCAGCUAUCGCACCGUCGUGGGCAACCAGACGGUAGCAAUCCACCCGUCGAGCGUGCUCUUCGGCAAGAAGGUCGAAGCCAUCAUGUACAACGAAUUCGUCUUCACGAACCGCAGUUACGCCCGGGGAGUGAGUGCGGUACAGAUGGAUUGGGUGGGCGAGGCACUAGCCGGGUAGACUUAUCGAUGAACCGUUUCGUGCCGCUGUUGUAGAUAUACAGAUAGACUAUACCCAUACC